CUUCCCUUUUCCCAUGGCGUCCGUCGGUGAGGUUUCCCAUCUUCACAGACUGCCUCUUCAGCUUCAGGGCACUUGAGACCAAGAGUCAUAGUCAUUCCAGCUUUCACCACCAUGUCUUCGGCGAAUUACGUAUGCUUCCUGAGGUACUGUGCGUGCGUGGUAGCUUGGUUUUAACGAGACACAGAUGUCUCCCUCUUCCUCCACCACCACGCCAACAUGGCAUCACUUUGAGCGGAAGGUCGAUGAGGUCAAGCCAUCCAAAACUGAUAUCAAUUACUUGGUCAUGGACUACCUCAUCACCAAUGGCUACCCCGCGGCGGCGAAGAAAUUCGCUGUCGAAGCCAAUAUUCAACCCAAGACGGACGUCGAUUCGGUCCAAGAAAGAGUGGACAUUCGAACGGCUAUCCAUUCGGGGAAUAUCCAGGCCGCCAUUGAAAAAAUCAACGAGCUCAACCCACAGAUCCUGGAUGAGAAUCCGUCGCUACAUUUUGCCCUCCUGCGUCUACAGCUGGUGGAGUUGAUCCGCUCGUGCAGUGCCUCGCCGGACGGGGACAUCAGUCCCGCCCUCGAGUUUGCAACCUCGCAACUGGCGCCCCGGGCCCCGACCAACCCGCAGUUCUUGGAUGACCUCGAGCGGACGUUGGCACUGCUCAUCUUCCCCACCGAAACCCUCACUCCCUCCCUUGCCCCUCUCCUACACCCCAACCUUCGUAAAGAUAUCGCCACUAGUGUAAACGAGGCCAUCCUUCAGAGCCAGGGCGCCCGUAAAGAGGCGCGCCUGCGCAAUCUGGUCAAGCUGCGCGCCUGGGCCGAGCAGAAAGCCCGCGAAGCCAAAAAGGAUGUACCGGAGAAGCUAGACCUCGGCCUGACGGAGAACAUCGCCAAAGAGGCAGGCGACGCAGGACGAAACGGAGCCUCCAACAAUGAUACCGUAAUGACCAACAACGGAGACAUCGACCCGAUGAUCUCGUGACGACCUCGUCUCGUCCAGGACUUGCUCCCACGACGACACGUAUGGCUGUGCCUCAUUUUUUUCAUUUUUUUCCUCGGUCUAGCGAGGUGUUUUGGCGCACUUGGCUAGUAAGCGAGCUUGACUAGUCUUGAAUUGUAAUUUUCAUCUUAAACAAGCCUCUUAUCACUUGUUCUGGAAAUGAUACCAUCUGGUCGUGCGGUCGUGUC